AUGACUUCUGACGACCUCCAGUCGGGGACGAAUGAGUCCCGGACUGGCGAUCCUGCAUCGACCACGAUGGCUUCGACGCUGUUGAGCUCGAAUCAAGGCGGAGGACCUGACGGUGGCACCGGCGGCAACGCGAAAUCGACCGCACAAGAGAUUGCCGGAUUCACCAACGAUAUUGCGAAUCUCAAGAAGAUGAUUCAGCAACUUGAAGAGAGACAGAAAGGCGCCGCACCGGUCGAUGCUGAGCAGGAAGGGGAAUCGGCAAAGAGAAGGGCAUAUCUAGAAGAGUACAAACGGAUGGAAGGCUGCCUCUACAAGCAUCGAAAAGAAUGGGAGAUUCAAUCCCCACCUACGUAUUGGAAAUUUUGGGCUUCCUGCGAUUAUAAUAAGGACGGGAGAAACUACCGCAACUCGUACCUCGAUAUGCCUUAUGAGUACAAGCGACCGGAUCCCUUUGACCCUACUCAUGAUUGCGGCGAAACCAAAGUCGAUGCAAAUACUGGCGCCCAUGAGGAUUUUGAUUACGAGAUUGACUACGGCCACCGCCGUGAACGGCUUCGCAAGAACUUCGAGUGGGACCUGGACCGUCUUUACCUGGCUGAAGAAGCCGACAGAAGGAGGAGGGAAAAAGAAAGGCCGCCUGAACCCAUCCCGCCCGAAGAGGAGGAGGAGGAGGAGGAGCGGCUUGAUUCCAGUAGCGUUUCACCGUCAACGUACGUUAUACCCAAGCAAAAUCGGGUAAGAUGGCCCGUGUUUAAAACUCUGCAUUCUGUGGCAGAGGAGAAGUCGCAUGUCCUUGAUGUUCUCAUUGGUGAGCCUACCAUCGAUGAAGAUCUCAGGGAGUAUCGGUGGUAUGGCCGUUCCAGCCAGCGGCCCCGUAAGGGAGAGAAUGUCCAGAAUCGCAAGGCGGAAGAGACAAACGAAGCUGGUCUGGCACCGUUCCCGGAGAGGAUUCGAAUUCACUCAUCCAUUCUUCGAUACAUACUCGCAGAAAUCCUUGGAUCAAAGGCGAACAGCUCCUUGGCCGACGUAAAUUUUAGUUCUACGGUCGUCUUUGUGAGGCCAUUCAGGGCCAUCUUCUACUGCAGAGGGGCGUUGCAAGAUUGGUACACCGCACUCGAGAAGAAGUUGAGAACCGUAUCUGAGGCAGAGAAGAACGACCUGGAUGCCCCAGAGGAGCCGUCUACUGUAUCAAACCCUGACACUCAUGCAUCUGGACAUGGUCCGGAUCCGUCGCUGGCUGAAGAAUCUCCAGCAGUUGAAAGCUUUUCUGCGAAAGAAUUUACGGCCAUGAAGACGGUGCAAGCUGCACAAGACAGCGUCAAGGGUGGUACCAGGCCUGGCGGCGAGAGGGAAGAUGUAGCCGCCGAAGAGGAAGAGGGAGAAGAGGAGGAAGAGCAAGACAAGGGGAGUACCGACAUCACAAAGUCUCCGACGGCACUGGUCCACCUACGAUGCCUUUUGGACUUUAUAGAGUCUGACAUCUCCAAGAGGCUUGAAUAUCUCAGCGGGCCUCAGUGCCGCAAAAUUCUAUUUUCGGACCUCUGGCUCCUUUUUCGUCCGGGAAUGGAGGUCAUUGGGAGCGAUGGAAAGCAGGCUUAUAGAGUCAUCGGCGUCUCCAGCGCAAAUCACCGAGCUGCGUCGCCGUGGGAGAGGUGGUACAGCAAUGCCCAAGACAAGCGCAGGUCGUUGCCCUUCAACAUCACCUGCAUCUAUAUCGAUUUCGACGGCAAGAAUCUCGGCCCGGUCACCAAAGUCUUUUACUUCAAGAAAUUUGAGGGCGAGAAAGAGGUAACUUUGCUGGAAGUCUAUCCGCUUCGUUUUCAUCCUGUCAAGCGGUCUGACUUUGACGACUCGAUGUGGGCUGAAGUCGAGGCGCUUCCUCCAGACCAACGAUAUCGACAGAAGUUGAUCCGCCGAGGAGCCAUGUUUCUCGAUGUGGUGACCAUCAAGCACAUGUACUAUGCCGGGCCGACCUUGGACACACGAGACGAUGUCGAAGGACAAGUCGUUGUCGACUUUGAAACAGCCUUCUCCGUCGAGGACGAGACGCAGAAGGCGUGGAAGCCGGACUUACAGACGCUCAUCGGGAAUCCUCCUGUAGGGGUAGAAGAUGACAACGAAUUGAGGGCUUGCCACGGCCCAUGCUGUUCCAACGAUUUUGUAUAUGACGACUUGGAUAUGGACGAGCAGCAGAAGACUGAUUACAUCAACAGUCUCUUGCCCAGCGUGACCUCUUUGGACGAGCAGCCGUCAGUCGCCAUAUUGCCACGGCCAUUGAGUGAGCUGCGAGCUAGCAGUGCCAACGCUACUAGUGUGUCAGACGACGAAUUGGCCAUUAUGUCGUAUCGUGUAUUCGGCUUUGUCUUGCGUACCAGAAAAUGGGCCAAACUAGACCUUACCUACAUGACGGCCAUACAAGCACCCGAUAUCGAAGACGUGCUGUCUGAUGAGCAGGCGCCCAAUACUACCGGCAGUAAAAAGCAGAGGACGGCCUUUGAUCGCCUGGUCAUCAAGAAGGAACACAGGUCCAUGAUUGUGUCCCUCGUUGCACAGCAUUUUCGAGACAAAAGGUUGACAAGCGGCCACCAACAACAGUUUGACAUUGUUAAAGGAAAAGGAAAGGGGUUGAUCUUGCUUCUUCACGGCGCGCCUGGAGUGGGCAAGACAUCUACCGCCGAAGGAAUAGCUGAACUCUUCAAGAAGCCGCUGUUCCAAAUCACCUGCGGGGAUCUUGGAACCACGGCAGCUGAAGUCGAAAUGGCCCUGGAAACCAAUUUUGCAUUGGCAAAUCGAUGGGACUGCAUCCUGCUGCUUGACGAGGCCGACGUCUUUCUGGCUGAGAGAACUAAAGAGGACUUUCAGCGGAAUGGGCUGGUAGCAGUGUUCUUGAGAGUUAUGGAGUACUACGCUGGAAUUCUUUUCCUCACAACCAACCGUGUUGGAGACUUUGACGAAGCCUUCACCUCGAGGAUCCACGUCAGCUUAUACUACCCAGAGCUGGACGCUGGAAAUACUCUCGAAAUCUUCGACAACAACCUGACUAUGAUUGAAGGCCGUUUUGCGAAGAAGAACAGAGUGAUACACAUUGACCGGUCAAGUAUCCGAGGAUUUGCAACCAAGCACUACUAUGAACACCCACAGGCUCGCUGGAACGGACGGCAGAUCCGCAACGCCUGUCAAACGGCAUUGGCCCUCGCGGAAUACGAAGCUCAGGGCAACAGCCACGAAGCCAUCUUGAAGCCGGAUGCUGUAAUUAACCUGAGCGAGGCGCAUUUCCAAACAGUGCAAAACGCCUAUCUCGAGUUUACCAGCUACAUGAACACGCUCUACGGCACCGGAGCUGCUCAACGGGCCAAGGAGGGCAGGCUACGAGCCGUCUGGAUUGACGAGAACAACUGUGUCGUCGACACUACCGGAAUGAGCCACAAAGGACAAGAUAAAAUGGCCGCCUUUCUCAAGGCAACACAAGGGCCGCUGCCACAGCAAAAAGUAUUCAUGCCAAACUCUCCUCCUCCACCACAGCAGUACGUCCUGCAGCAACCUCAAUAUCCUCAGGGGUUCCAGCCCCCGCAUGAUUCGCAGCAACGGCAACUUUUCCAGCAAGCGGGUGUUCCUCAGCAGAUUUAUCAGCACCAAACCGUUCUUGCUCCGCAGCCCGUCUAUCCUGGUUCCAGCCAGGUGCAGCCGCAGCAUGUUUCUGUUACCCAAACUUGGAAUCAUCAAAAUGAUACUCCGGGUAACGCUUCGUUUCAGGGCCCUACUGCGGCACAGAGCCCCUUGCAGGUCCCGCGUUCAAUGCCACCGCAACAGUCGUCUGGGGCUUAUCCUCUGGCAGGGCAGCAACAGCAGCAGCCGAAUGCACAGCAGUUUGGUCAGAGUCCGCAAAGCAUGUACACAACACCAUCCCAGUGA